AGAAGAAAGUGUUUCAGAAAGGCACAGGAUGAGAAUGAAGAAGUGUCAUGCAUGGCAGCACAGAUUUAGUGGUUUGCCUUGGCUCAUGCAAGUCUCUGCUACAGCACUGGUUCUUGUAAUAUAUUUGUACCUAGUGUUGCAUCUGGACCCAGGACUUAGCUCUGUGUAAAUCACAGAGCAUUCUCCUUAGGAUUUGCACAGAUAUUGUGUAGUAUAGUGGCAUUGUUUUGUUUUGUUUUCCUUUUUUUUUUUUUUCAAUCUGACAUGAAACAUCACAGAGAAACAAUCAGAAAGGACCCAUCCCAAGGGAAUCUCAGGUACCCAGGCCAGUUCUGCCCAACAGGAGUUGAUUAUCACAUUCCUUAAAUGUUUCAUCAGUACCAUGAAUGGUUGCUAGUGACUGGUUUUGCUGGAAAAACCAGAUCAUUAAGUGGGAAUGUGAGAAUCUGGCAGGGGGCUCUGGGUCUACUUAAGAUCUGUCAGGUAAGGGCAGAGGAACAGAAUUUGGAUUUCUAGAAACAUGGCUCUUGUAAGUAAUCACAGUUACUUAGCUUCUGCAGGGGUUUGGGUUUUCCUGUCUCUGUUUUGCUUGGGCAAUGGUGGAAAGCUGUUGGUGGUGCCUAUGGAUGGGAGUCACUGGCUCAGCAUGCGCUCAGUGCUGGUGGCCCUUAGUCAGAAAGAGCACGAAAUUGUUGUCGUUGCACCAGAAGUCAACUUGAACGUGAAGGCAUCUGAAUACUACACUCUCAAAACAUAUCCAGUGCCUUUAACUAGGGAAGAACUAGGAGCAAGCAUGCAUUUGUUUGCAAAUGAUCUUUUUGAGAGAAGACCUUUUCUUCAAAGAAUUACUGCACUUUAUGAAAAAGUUCACAUCAUCUCCGAUCUCUACUUCUCCUCCUGUGCCAACUUACUGCACAAUGAGGAUCUGAUGCAGGAUCUUGAAGGGAGUAAAUUUGAUGCUGUUCUCACAGAUCCUGUUGUACCAUGUGGACAAAUACUGGCUUUGCAUCUCUCGAUUCCAUCAGUUUUCUUUUUACGAGGACUCCCCUGCAGUUUUGAUUUGCAGGCUGCUCAGUGUCCAGACCCCCCUUCUUAUGUCCCAAGAACAUUUACAGACAACUCAGACCACAUGACAUUUAUCCAGCGCGUGGAAAACUUAGUUCUCAAGGCGUCAGAAUCCUUUCUUUGUAAUUUUGCCUAUUUGCCAUUUGAACUGCUGGCCUCGGAUUUUCUCCAAAGACAAGUAACAAUGACGGAUCUUUUAAGCCAUGGAUCCAUUUGGCUUAAGAGAAUGGAUUUUGUUUUUGAAUAUCCCAUGCCACUGAUGCCCAACAUAGUUUUUAUUGGAGGUAUAAAUUGUGGAAAGAAAAAGACGUUACCUCAGGUCAGUGAUUUCCCUGAUAAAAUAUUUUAAGCUUUGAAUGGAAAAUGCUGUUUGCAAUAAUCACCUUACUAUAUGCUGUGUCUGUAUGUACUUGUAUACAUGAGUAUGUGGUAUUUAGAUUUGCAGUAAGGUGUAUUGUAAAGAAAAUAUGUGAAAAACUGUGUUAAUUUUAAUUCUCUCCCACUAUUGCAGGUACUCUAGUGGUAUCUAAGCAGUUUUGCUUAUAUAAUUGUUUGGGUUUUUUUUUGAACUAGGUGGAAAAAGUUGUGGUUUAUCACUGCUGUCUUGCUAACGAGACACACAUCUAGGCAGGUCUGCUGCUCAUCUUUGCUAGUUAUUAUUACCUCAAACUGUUUUACUGAUUCUUUUCAAAACUUUUUUUUUUUUUUUUUUUCCAGUUAAUACAACCAUCCUUUCAGAAUUUAGAAAUAAAGUGUCAUUAAGUGUCAAUUGGCAGGUAACAUUCUGAUUGUUCUUUCAGUCUGGGGUUAUGCUUGAAAAGCAUGGAUGCCUUGUGCAAUUUUCUGCAAAUCUGUUGGAGGGUUUUACAGCUGCUAGCCAGCACCAGGCCAUGUACAACAGCUUGCAUUGCCUACUGAAAGGCUUCCCUAAAAAGAGUUUAUCUAGAGCUGAUCUAGAUUGCUAAAUAUCCAUUAAAA